AUGGCGAGCAGGCCGAGCUGCCAACUGUGUGGUUCGUUUGCAACAGAGCAAGGCAAUGGUCGUCCCGGAGCUCCUGCGGGGCCUACAAACAAACGGCGGGAUCAGGUUGAAGGCCUCUGCCGAAAGCCGGUGGAGCCCUGUGAGUGCCAGUCCAGCACAUGUUCACAAACACGCAAAACGAUGAUGCGGCCGCAGCUUGAAGUAACCGGCCAGGUUUCUGGGCGUUUCUCUGUCUCUAAUGCCUCUAACGUUCACUGCUCUUAUAAGUUAUUUGGCGGAAAGAAGUGUCAGAAGCCUGAAAACCAUCAAGUCGUGUUUGAACCUGAGUUUCUGAAUUUCGGUGCCUGUAUCCCGCAUCAGACCCAAACAAGGACGAUUCGAGUUCUUAACAGAUCAUCUUUCUCUGUGCGCUUCAUCGUACUAGCUCCGUCCGACCCUGCAUUUCAAAUAAACUUCAACAAAAAGGGUUUCCUCGCCCCGGGGAUGACACAGGAGAUUCAAAUUUACUUUUCCCCACUCGAAUGGAAGCUCUACAACACCACACUGAAGGUGCUGUACUCGCCCUCGGAUACAGGCUGCAGCCAGAGAAAAUUGAACGAACCGGUUUACACUGACGUCAGUUACCGUUGUAAAGAGGCCAGCCUCUCAGCAUAUCCAGAGCUUGCGAACCUGAAAAUCCCUUCAUUCUUAAACUUUGGUGUGGUACCAUUAGGAAAAACAACUAGUAAGACGUUUGAGAUUGUUAAUCAACAUCCCGUGUCGUUUCAGUUUGCGAUAAGGAAUACACGUGGUACUCCGGACUAUAGCGUAGCCCCCACUGGCGGUGAUGUGCCCGCGAAGGGGGCUGUCACUAUCGAGGUGACGUACUCGCCAAAAUCUGUCGCUACAAGUUUUUUGUCCUUCGAGCUUAUUCUGGCUGAUUACGGAUCCCGGCCGAACCGCGUUGAUGCUGUGGGAACAUGCAAUGGUGGAUUGCCGCCCCCUCUGCAGGAUGAUAUUCGGACUCGCAAGCGACGCUCCCGCUUGCGUCACGGUGGAGUCAGCAGAACAAGAAAUAUCUCGUUGCCGCAGUACCAAUCACCACAUAAACGUAGCAAGCUCCUUGCAAAACAACCUGAUCCUGUAGUUUAUAAUGGAGUUGUGGUUCCGAGCAAGGAUGGUCACGCGGUGUGCAACGGAGUAUUCACUCAGCACGCUAGGAGGAAAUCCGGGGAAUUGCCCUCUUUAUGCGAUCAAGCACGGGACUGUCCUUCAUCUGUGAGAAGUUGCUCUAGAAAGGGUGAUAUAUGCCACUGCCACAUCCCCGCUGGAGCAGACUGGGGCAGUUGUUUUUCAACCGAUAGUGCUACCCUGAAAGCUCGGUUCGAAAAACGAUGGAAAGAUGCGUUGCACACUCUCCGCGGGAAACCCCAAAAAGUCAUGGUGGCUCUCGGGGAACUGCCGCCUUCUCAGGCCAGAAAUCAACGGAUGAUCGCUCGGCGCCGCUGUGAUCUCCACAGCCUUUUGAGCCGAAGUUCGUUAGAGGACCAGAUCAGAGAGGAAUCUGAAUUUGCAUCGCGGCCACCAGUAGUCCCAGCGCGAUGGCUGCCCAGACAAGCACUCGACCGAAACGUGGUUUUGGACGAGUCAGCAAAUAAUGUGUUUGCUUUGCAAAUGGAAAGCAGAAACCGCCUCGUGUGCGCGGUUACCUCUAUUAUACAGCGAAACAGGUUACUCAGUCGUCUGGAGGCUCUGAAAGCGAAGCCUCAGGUUGAUAGUUCCAUGUCGGACGAAAUUUCAAUAUCGACAAGUGCGGAGGGCGGCGCUGCCGUUUCACAUUUCGGCGACGAGGGCGGAAAAAAACAAAACAACAAUGCAUUCGAGACAGUGGCACUGGAUUCCUCACUUCCCCUCGUAAUGCCCCGAUAUACAACAGCACAACGGGUCUUGCAGGUUGCUGUAAGGAUGCAUGACGUACCCCCUUGUUGUCUAGUUAAAGAAGGAGUAAAUGCAUCAGAAUUGUUCAAAUGUGUGGAAGAAUACAACACUUUAGCACCGAUACCACAGAUCGACUACGAGAUCAUGGGCCUGCAGGAAUUCGCAACCCCCAAUGCUGCUUGGCACCUUGAGCCGAGUAAUGGAGCACUUUGCUCCACAUUGCUUGGAUCGGGAAACCAGCCGUUUCUGGGAGAAACAGAAUACUGCAAAGAUGGAAAAAAAACCAGCGUGCCAGUCCUAGAACUCGACCCUCCUAUAAUCAACGACAUCCUCUUUGUCACCCCUGCAGCAUCAGAAUUCAGGCCGCUUAUCCCCUUGCCUCGAUAUAUCGAAACAGACCUAGGUCACUGUUUCCAGAAAGGCCUGGCACCUGACGGUCGUCUCAAAGAAUCAUCGCUCAUUCUUCCCUUCGUGAGAAAAAUCUCGUUGAGUAACGUGUUCCGUCCGGCAUCCCUUCAGCGAAAUAGAGAUUUGAUCCUAGGUGAGGCUAGGGGCAGGCACAACUGCUUCGGCCUCCGCCCCCUCUGUGCAUCACUGCCGUAUGUGGGCACUUUCCCCGAAACAGUUCCCCAAUACGGCUUCGCUGCUGAUCAGAUGAGUGACGCCGACUCAGACGACCGGGAAGAUUCAUUCGACGUUCCCGUACCAGAUAUUGACACAUACAUGCAGGACUAUACAGCUCUCCGUUCGUCCUCUACCCCGACACGCGGGGCAGAUGAACGAAGGUCCCAACAUGGGAGAGGAGCGCAGUUCGCGCAAGCGACUGCGGAGUUGGCCAAUUCGUGGGUGUCGCACAGGACUGAGACAGUACGACGUCUCAAACAAAUAAACACAAACCUACCUGCGGAGCUAAAGAUAUCCCUUGGCUAA